GCAACCCUGCACACAACACUUUUUUCUAUGCAAGGAAAAAAGUCAAACUAACCAGAAAUCAUUCCAACAAAUUUCAAUAAAAACUUAUAAAUUCAUUAAUAUUUUAAUUGGUUUGAUAGAAUAGUCGAUAGCUCACUGUAUCGUUCAUAAAAAUGGGAAACUUUAGAAGGGACCUAGAAGAACUAAAGCAGUUUAGAGAUAGCAAUGAUAGAAAAAGCAGAGAAGUAGUUAACAUUUGGAACAGCUCUAUUCAUUCCAAUGUAGACAAGCUGGGAAAAGAGAAACAUGUAGUCCUGGAACAAGUUUGCAUGGCAGCACUAGAUUCGUUCAACCUGAAAAUAGCAGAGAUCUGCAUUAAAGAGCUGUAUGAAGAAUUCCCAAAUAGUUGCAGAGUACAGAUAUUGGAAUCAAUGUUACAUGAAGCAGAUGAGAAUUUUGAUAGAGCCUUACUCAUAUUAAAAAAUAUCAUCAAACUGGAUGCUACAAAUAGUUCUGCCAGGAAGAGGAAAAUCGCCAUACUUAAGUCACUUGGCAGGAAUUCUGAGGCUAUUAAGGAAUUAACUGAGUAUUUAAAAGUGUUUAUGGCUGAUAUAGAAGCAUGGCAAGAAUUGAGUGAAUUGUAUUUAACUGAAUUUGAUUACAACAAGGCAGCUUUUUGUGUUGAAGAACUUAUAUUGCACAAUCCUCACAAUCAUCUACUGCAUCAAAGAUAUGCCGAUAUUAAGUAUACCCAGGGUGGAUUAGAGAAUAUUGAGGUUGCCAGGACCUACUAUUAUCAAGCAUUAAAGCUAAAUCCCAACAAUAUGAGGGCUAUGUAUGGGAUUUACUUAACUACUUCAGCACUGUUAAACACCCAAAAAGCAGUAACUGGAAAGAAGAAAGAUGCAGUAAACAAACUGUUAGAGUGGAUUUUAAAAGAAAUCAAGCAGAGAUAUGUUGAGAAACAACAAAUAGAUGCAUUAAAAGAAGCAGUAUCUGCGUUAGAAAUCUGAUUCAGUAUUUAUUUGGUUUCGUUUUGGGUGUUUAAAUGUUUCUCGUGAAUGGUGAUUACAGAAUUGUUUAAUUGUUAUUUUUAUUGCACUUUCUCUUCAAAUGUUCUAAAUAACUAGAUAUUCAAGGACUACUCCAUAAAUUUUUAGAAAAAUGCACGCCACAAAUUAAACUAUUGUUUCAUUUUUUUAUUUUUCAUUCAUUAAUUUAUUUUUUUACUAUUCAUUCCAUUUGUGUCAUAAUCAAUCAUUUCAUCUUUGAUAUUACGUGUAUACCAGUAAGAAAUCUCAUUUUUUUGGAAUGAAAUACAAAAACAUAUAUGUGAGCAUUUGAAGGGACUUUGUUUCAAUUUUAUGUAAGAGAUUUUUAAUGGAAAUUGGUUAGUUUUAAUUUUAUUUAAGAAUUUGUUAUAUUUGAAACUUAAAUAUAUAUUACAAUAUAAAAA